CGUUUGCUUGUUUGGUUGUGGUGUUUUGCUUUGUUUGGUGCUUAUGAGCUUGCUGCAGAAAGACUCUUCAGUAGCGAAGACCCAGAUGAAUCGUUUCACCCUUCCGUCUGCAGACCGCUGGCUUUGACCAGCACAGCAUCGACUGCAGUCGGUGUUGCCGCAACUGCCGGCCGAAUUUAUGAUGCAGCCCCUGGCACAUGAGGAGUGAUUCGAGAGAUUAAUCCGCAACCUGCUGCAUGAUCACCCAUCCAUGUUUCCUCUGCUUUUUGCUUUCACUAUGUUUGAUCGAAUCAACCUCCAUUUGUUUGCUCAGUUUGGGCAUCUCGAGCGCAAAAGGCCAGUAGUGCUUGCUGCAAUCGGUGAAGCACUGUCAGAGUGGCGUAUGUGUCGAAUCUAUGUCUCAGAUUCCCAAACCUGGGUGUCCAUGGCUCAAGCCUCGCCAAAAGCUUAUGUAGGAACACGGAACACGUCGUCAUUACAAUUUGAGCCUGGCUAUGCCAAGCCUGUACCGCUUGCCGUGAAGCUCUUCGACUACAAUAGCUGGAUUGCUGAGAGCAUCACAUGCACUAGCCCCGCGAACUUCCACGAGUCCACGGUUCUCGGCCACGGCUGGGGCCUCCGUAUUUGGUUGCCGAUGCACCGUGUGAGGCUUUUGGGUUUGUUGACUGUUUCGUACCGAGACUCAGUCAAUGCCAUUUGGUUCGUGCCGGAAGAAUUGGAAGACGCGCCGGGGGAGAGCGAUGUGAAAGCCAUUGCAGAGGAGCCGAUGGAAGCACAGGCUUUGGCGGCUGAAAUGACUAUAGCUGAAGCUGAAGCAAAGAAGAGAAAGGGGAGUAAGGAGCGAAGCUUUUGGGACAUUCUCUGUGAUGAUGUUUGGUAUGACAGGUAUGAGGCCGACGAUGGGUCUCUGGUGGUCCUGGAUACCAUCGGCUUAGGCGACACAGAGAUCGAUCAGAGCAAGGAGAGCUUGUUGAAUUUGUACAUUGUCGUGACCUAUGCGAGCAAGUAUGCGAACAACCGCCUAGAGGCUGAAGCUUUGCUGCAGGUGUGA